AUGACUCCUUAAUUACAAGAAGUUUAUUUAAUUGAAGAUUUAUUAUUUGUAAUGACUGGAAUUGAAGGAAAUUAUAUCAAAAAAAAAUAUGAUUAAUUAUAAAAACCUCCCUAUAUUUAUUGUAUAGAACCUUAUUUAGAAUAAACUAGUUGUGAGCCUUCAUUUAAAUAAUUAGUUAAUAAAAUAUUAGAAAUAUGUAUUUAAUAUGAUUAAAUUAUGUAUUUUUCAGAAACUCAUAGUUCUUUUGAAUAUGGUACAGUUUGUUAAGCUUUUUGUGCAUGUAUUAAUAUUCUUUUAAGAGAAUAUGUACUAAUGGUGAAUUAAUUAGAUGGAGAAUUUCAAAAAGGACAAUUAAGUUUAUAAAAGUUAUGGUUUUAUAUACAACCGUCAAUGAAAAUAAUGGAAGGAAUAUUUAAAAUGUGUCAAAUAUGUGAAAAUGCAAAAGGAGGGGAACUCUUAUCUAAACUUUUUGGUUUAUUAAAAAGUUAAAGUGAUAAAUAAAUAGUAGAUAUUUAUUAUUUUGUUCUUUAGAAAAGUUUUGGACCUUUUGCAGAAAUUUUAUCUUAUUGGAUAUAUUCAGGAAAGAUUAAAGAUCAAUAUUAAGAAUUUUUCAUUUAGGAAAAUUUCUAAGUUUAAAAAAAUAUGAUUUCAAAAAAUUAUAAAGAUAAUUAUUGGGAAAAAAAAUUUGUACUUCUAGAGAAAUAUUAGCCUAUUUUUUUAUAAGAUUAAAUAUAAUUUAUUUAUAAAACAGGUAAAUAUUUAAAUGUAUUAAGUGAAUAUUAGGGUAAAAUAAUCAAUAAUUAAAAUGAAAUGGAUUUAUUAUUAAAUUACGAAUAAUAUAUAUAAAUAUCAGAUUUUUCUUCACCAAUAAUGAAAGCUUAUAAAUAUGCAAAUCAAUAAAUAAUGAAGUAAAAAAAUAUUUUCUUAUCUUUAUUAUAUAAAUUUAGUUUAAUAAUAGUUGAAUAAGAUUUUCCUAAAAGACUCUAAUCUUUAAAAAACUAUUUCUUUUUAGAAAAAGGCGACUUUUUUGUUCAUUUAAUAGAUAGUUGUGAAGAAGAACUUUAAAAACCUGCCUAACUUUUAUCUAAAGAAAAACUGGAAAGUUUACUUGAAAUGUCUAUAAGGACAUCAAGCUUAUCUUCUGAUAUAUUUUUAGAGGAUCUUACUUAUGAUAUAAGUUAAUAUACAUUAAGUGAAUAAUUAUUUGCUUAUUAGAAUAUAUAGAAAACUUAUUCUGAUACUAAUUCAUCUUUAUAAUAAUAAUAAUAGGAAAAAUUUAAAAUGUAUAUACCAGCUAGAGAUUCGAAAGGUAUUGAAUUAUUUAGUUUAGAUUAUAAUGUAAAAUGGCCUUUAAAUUUAAUUUUAAACAGAAAAACUUUGACUAAAUAUUAAUUAUUAUUCAGACAUUUAUUUUAGUUUAAAAUUGUUGAAAGAAAUUUGUGUAAAACAUGGAUUUUUAUAUAAUCUGCUAAAGAACUUAAUUUAAUUAAUUUUUUUAAAAAAAGCUAUUAUUUAUUAUCCAGAAUGCUCCAUUUUGUAAAAAAUUUCGUUUAUUAUAUAUGUUUUGAGGUUAUAGAAUAGAAAUGGACAAAAUUUAUUAAUAAUAUAAAAAAUGUUUCAGAAUUUGAUGAUAUUUUAAUACUACAUGAGACUUUUUUAGAUUAAUGUUUAAAAGAAAGUGUACUUUUAGACCAAAAUAUAGUAAAAACUUUGUAGAAAAUAAAUUAAACAUGUAGUCUAUUUUCACUUUCAAUUUAAAAAUAUAUAGAUAAUCUCAAAAUUGAUUAAAAAUAAAAUAAUAAUUUUAAUAAUUUUAUGAUUGAUGAAAAACUCAAUUAUAUUUAAACUAGGAAAUAAAUUAUUAAUGUAAUUAUUAAUUUAUUUUUAUAAAAAAUUAAUAUUUUUAUAAUUAUAUAUAAUAUAUAAAGUAAAACAGAAAAAAUAUUACAAAAAUUAUGA